CUCCCCGUCUCUCCCGGUCUCUCCCCGUCUCUCCCCGUCUCAAUGUGUCAAAAUUUCAAUAAUAUUAAUGAAAAACUAUUUCUUACACUUAAAUUAUGGCCAUCAUUUUUGAAACACACGGUAUUUCCAAAAUCAGACCCCAUAAGAAUAUUCCCGGUUACAAAGACAACGUUGUGUCAAUUUCAAAGCAAUCGGUGAAAAACUUACGGAGAUCUUAGAUGAGGAACAAACAUUUACAUUUUUAUUUAUAUAGAUUUGCAACAGCGUGUCUCAUUUUUAGAUACACGGAGAAAAUUUUAUAUCGAAAAUUAUUACAAUAAGCGUGAACCGAGAAAGAAAUUAGAAAAAUUUUUACUACGUUUUUAAGUUAUUUAUUAUUUAUUUAUAAUAUUUAUAGUACAUUUUGUGACAUAUAAUUCUUUGAAAUUUCUUCCUAUGGAGGCUGCUAUCGCAUUACGUGAUAAUUUUUGAUAUAAAAUUUUCUCCAUGUAUGAAAUUAUUUAAGAAGUUAUAUAUGUAUUUUGGGUUUAGCAAGCAAAGUGGUCGACUGCGCCAUCGACGCACGUACCGCGCGGCGAAGGAAAACACACGGCAGAAUAAAUUUAUAAGUACACGCGCCGGGCGAACACAAUUUCUUCCGUUGGGAAUAUUUCGCGAAGAGCACUGAAAGAUUUAACCGGCGGAAUAAUUCGUCCGAGACGAUCGCGCAACGAUCUCGUUAGCGCGCGUUAGGUUCUUUCGCAAACACCACGCGCAACACCAGGGAAAUAUUUAUGGUGGUCUAUAGAUUAUCGGGUUAUCCCAUAGAUCUGAACAGCCGCGGCCGGCGCCGCGGGCAAACAGUUUACCAUUGCGCCUCGCUAUUUUUACCCCUCUCCCUCGAAACCGCGCGGUGCGACACAUUAAACGGAAUCGCCAAUGGUCUCGCCGCGGCGCGGCAGCGUUUAGCGUUUACCAACACCGUACGCUUGUAAUUCCGCGCGUUUGUUUACGGUCGAGAUUUUGUUUACAAUCGUACUAACGAGAUCCAGAAUGAAAGGGCCGAUUUCCCGGCGCGGUGCGGCGCGGCGCGGCGCGUCGGUGUGAUGGCGGUGAAUCGCGUUUUGCGCGCGCGAGAUGCUCUAAGCGUUUCCGUCCGAAAAUCCCCGCUGGGCUUUAUUGGAGUGCACGGUGAUAUUUAAACGACGAAUACUAGCGUACACGCGCCAGUGUGCUACCGGCGAAUAUUUGUAGGUUACUCCUCGUGCUAUUUGCACGUGCGCGCGUCUAUCCGGACGAGGAUCGAGGAGAGAGAGAGAGAUAGAGAGAGAGAGAGAGAGAGAGAGAGAGAAAGAGAGAGAGAGUCCCGGGUAGAGACGUGACGAGGGAUACCCCGGGGUAAGAGCGACAAGGCGGUUUCUCGUUCCUCUUCGGUAGGAAAGCCACGAGUCCAGGGGAUCGUAAAUAUUGCCCAUCGACACGCUGACGCGAUCGGUUUACGGCGCAUCCCGUAUACAGCUUGACGGUGUGUUCUAUUUAUUUUAUUCAACGUGGACAACCGCGCUUGUACGCGAUUGCUUUUGCGCGCGGCUCGCGAGAGACGAUAUGAAUUACAACGACAAAGAAGGCGCCUGCGUUGCAGUAAAAUCCAAUCGGCACAGAUUGCGAAAUACGCGUGCAAAAACAUUGGAACGUAAUGUAUAUGUGUACACGUGGACACACACACACACACACACACGUAUAUACAUAUGUAUAACGCAGGCGGAUUCACAACCAAUAUGCGCAAAUAUAUUUCUUAGCCGUACUCCAUACCAUGCGUUCAUUCCACGGAUAUUCGCCAAACUAAUACGCGACCCCCUCACUUUGUGCAGAUAAAACAACGAGUAACGAGAUAACAUUGCUUUUAUUGUAUCCGGGAGUGCGUGAGAUUCGUCGAAAAAUUCUAUACAAAUGCUACAUAUUUGCGUUUGUCGAAUAUCUUAACAAAGUGUUAUGAAUUUAUGAGUACUUGCUUUUUAUCUGUGAAUAAAAAAACAACAAACCGUUUUAUUACAUUAUAACAAUAAGAAAUAUUACAAUUCUUUAUUUAAGUAAAAUCUUUAAAUGUUUCUUAUAAAGAGUAAAUACCACAGAUUAUUGUAAUAUAGAGAAAUGAAAUCGAAUCUAACAAUACCAUAUAAGAGCGAUAAAUAAAUUUUCUAAUAUAAUUUCUUAUUUUUUAUUUGUUAAAUGAAUUUGUUAUUACACUUUUAUAAAUUUUUCUUUUAUUUUCUAAUUUAAUUCUUGCCGUAUCUCAAGUAAAGCAAUAUAAUUUCCAACGUAUGGUUUUAUUGAAAAAAAUGUAUAGAGUUUUAGGAUAUAACAAUACAGACGUUCUGUUCGCAAAGUUCCGUUAAAACCGCGCGAAAAUAAUAUCCUGCGGCGUAAGAGAGUAAUUUAAGUAAAACAACAUCACUUUUCCAAUAGUUACACAGCUCGGUUAUUUGAAAGCAAGUGAGUAUUUUAAUAAAGUUUAAAUUUUCGAACGCACUUGACUGUAGUCGAUGGGAUAUUACAUCAAAUUAAUAAUAACCGGGAGUUGUGGAAUAGAUUAAUGAACACUAGCUUAACAAGCAAUUGCUUCGAAUUAUAAAUAUCUCUAACAAUUAAGAACUAGGGGAAAGCAUGUGCAUAUCAAGUUAUUUUUUUCUAUUGUUAAAAUAAUAAAAUGAUGUAACCUUAGAUAAUGAUAAAAAGAACUUGGUACUUUUAAACUAGGUAUUUUUCUCAUUUUAGGUAUACAAUUAUUGUAAUUGAUGAUUGUUAUCAUCGACUCGAUUAGUAGCGUUAGUUGACGAUGCGCAUUUCCACAUGUCGUAUAAAUUUCGACGACGCUCUUCAAGUUUCGAGAAAGAUAAAGAGAGAGAAAUCUGUCGGGCCAAUUAUCGUGAGAUAAAUCGCGCUGGAUCGCGCGCAAAAAGUCGGCGUUUUAACGCGCUCGCGUUCUCGCGUAGGCACGUAUAACUCCGCGAUCCUCGCGAGUUUUUGCGAUGAAUUUCUUCAACAUUAUGCGCACUCGCGCAAAAACAGUCGAGAUCUUUCAAUGUAGUGUACGUGCGUGCGCGUGUGUAUGUGUGUGUGUGUGUUCCGUUGCUAACUCUGUUUGCCGAGCUGUGCUCCACGUCGUCGCGCGGAUCUCAUUAACGUGCGACGUGCACACGCACGACUGCGGACCGAAUAUGGAUGCGAGGAGCAAGAACGCGAGCAAACACCGACGGGGUUAAUAAAUACGAGAACGAUCCGCUACUGUUGUUUGAAAAAAUGAAACAUAACGAUCAUCAAUUCGUAAAUAUAAUAUAAUGAUUUUAUAUAGUAUUAGAUAGUAUUUUCUUUUGUCCUCUAUAAUUAUAUCUUCUUAUCAAAUAUGUAAAAAUUAAAUUGUAAGUGAAGAGAUUAUAUUUCUAUUAUUUGAUCGAAUCAUUUUUACAAUAAUCUACAUAAACAUUGCGAUUGUUCGUAAACGCAAGUGAUACAAGAAAUUAUUUUUGAAAAAAUUUUGUUUGAGUUCAUUAUUAAGAAAUUACUUGUUUGCGCCGCUAUAUGUUAUACAAAACAUAUUAUUCUUUUUAUGUUAAGAAAUUUAAUUUUUUGUACAUGACCUUUUCUUUAAAUAUAUGUACCGUCAGAUAUAAUUUUAUUUAACGGUCUUUAAUAGAAAACUUGAUAAAAAAUUUAGAACUAUUAAAAUUUUUAUAUUAUCACAGUAAAUUAUCAAGAAAAAUUAUGUAAGUGAUAAAGAUAAAAUUAAAGCUUGCAUAUAAAAUAUUUGAAUUUAGAUGAUUCAAAGUAAUGAAUCAUGUUGCAUGAAUUUUGAGUAAACAAUUUUAUAAAUGCGAAAACGAGUUAUUAAUGAGUACAUAUUAAAAAAUUAGUGUCUUGAAAUACCGUAUCUCUAUAAAGAAUGUAUGUGUGUGUGCAAUCCUCAGAAUUUUAAUUGAGUCUAUAAAUAAAUCUUUUGAUUUCUUUCUCUUGUGCACCUUAAUAUAUCAUUAAGAUAUUUGUGUAUAAUUUUACACAAAAAACAAAAUAAUCUUACAAUCAAGAAACUUUGAUAGACACGCGAAGUAAUCAUGAAUAAACGAUUUUGCACGGAUUCUUUUUGCUUUUGUUAUUGCAUGAGAAUGAAAUUGGCAUUAAGUUUUUGUUUUCAUAGUUAGAAAUAAAGCGUAACAAUAUCGAUCCAAUUCAAUAAAUUGAUAGAUGUUUUAUUAUUAAUUCUCAUUGGUCGUUUUUGCGUCAUUGGUGCUUUUACCGAGUAAUAAAUUAUUUAGGUAAAUUUUAAAUAAUAAUUAAAUAUUUAUGAAAAUUUGCAUAUAGUUGACAUUUUGGUGGAUUAAUUUAUCUGUUGUACCAAGGCUAAUGUCCAUAUUUAUAGUCGGACAUUAUAUUCAAGGUCUCCUUAAGUUUAUCUUCAGAUGCUCUAUGGGUUAUUUCAUUGGCUGAAAAGCAUCAGUAAGAUAAAUUUAAGAAAGCCUUGAGUAUAAGGAAUGGCUAUGAAUACGUGUAUAUAAAAGUUACAACUGAACGCAAGUCGAAGCGUCAUACUUUUUUCACGAUACUUUUCUUACCGAGACAUCCGCGAGCCUAUGAAUCCUUGCGGACUCGUUAGAGGGCGAUUUAGGUCAGUCCCUGUAGGAUCGAUAGCGAGUUCUCGUGUAUUUCAGAGUUCGGGCAGACUGAUUAAUCCCUUUGCACACGAUCGCGCAAUCUCGCGAUCUCGUUACCGACCGCUCCUGUCGUGGCGCACACCGUUAAACUCGGGAGUCCGAAUUAAGAUUCAAGAAGGCUUGCCUCCUUGAUUCGUCCUCAGAUCCCCUUUCUUCCCUCGAGAGAUUUCGUUUAAAUCGGAGUUCACGUUCCGCUUAAAUUCAUGAAUGCGAGCGGGCCUCCGGCGCGAUUAUGCCCGGCGAGACUCGUCGCGCGAUCGCGUCGCUGAAUCACUACGUGUACGCAACGCGGACAAAGCGACGUCGGGAGUUCAGCGAUGAAGGUUCAACAGGUAAGAAUACCCGGACGCAUACCUGAGUCCGCACGUUCCGAUUCCCAAGCGACUGAGAGAGCGACAAUGGCGUAUCUACGACGGGGGUGCUUUACGAUCGGUACAGGUAGUAUGUCUACGGCACGAAAGCGAGGCAGCUAUGAUGAUAAAAAAAGAAAGAGAAAAGAAAAAAAAAAGGAACGGGCCCAAAAAGAGAAGAGAGGAAAGGAAGAGAAAAAGAAGAAGAAUAAGGAAAUCUGGAUGGGACAGGUUCUCUUCUCCGAGCCGGACGACAUUUGAUAUCCACGUGAAUUGUUACGUAAUUUAUUUCUCGCGGAUGUCUCGAAGGCGAGUGCGUGUCUGUAAGAAAAGUAUAAAGUUACGCCCGCGACGGUGUUUAUCAAAGGCUUGAAAUCGUCUUUUUGAUUAUAUAUUCUUACAAUUUUUGGCAUAUUGGUAUUGACAUGUCUAUAUCUAUACGCGAUGUCGCAACUCGAUUUUUUCAUGUCUCAAUAUUUAUCGAUAGGAAGGACAGUGUACAUGUGCUAUUAAUUGUUUCAGAUUAAAUUAUCGAUAGAUCGAAGAGCCCAAUGUCAAGAGAAACGACAGAUAACAGUUUUGAUAUAGACUUUAUAUACCGACAAUUAUUGACAAUUUGUAAAGUGAAAGCUAUAUAGAUUGUAUAAUUACGAAUGUUUUUGCGCGCUCAAUCUACUUCGUAAUUCAAUUUCAUCGGUAUACAAUCCUGCACAACUGUAAUUAGUAAUUUCAAAUUUCAAUUGCUUGAUUUGUCGUUGAAUAUUUUUGUUCCCCGUACUUAUUCAAUUUAGGGCGUCCUCGAGCAAACAUAGCGGUAUUUCUAUUUAGGAAAUAUAUUUCGUGACAAGAGGAUUGGCGAAACCCUACCAGGUUUCUCUACCUUUCCUCUCGGGUUUAAGGACGUUGCCUGCCUUUUUCCCCAGUGCGGCAUUCCAUGCCCUGAAUUUAAGAUGGGCAGCGGAUGGCGGGGCCAAGAAGGUUAACGCGAUUUGUAGUCCUGCUUGUAUCUAUGGAAUUUUAGGGCUUCGUAGAUUUCUACGCGGGGAAUCGCGGGGAGGAAGUAAAACUCGUUUAACGAUGUUGCCGAAGAGCGCUUUUAUUUAUUUUUGCCCGAGGUGUUUUACGUGCUUGGUGCAACGCAGCUUUCAGCCGUCGCAAUCUCUUAACAAUUAAUGCGGUGCGUUUAUGUCGAUGCGCAAUAUAUACAUCGUCAUCAUUAAGCUAGUCGUCCAUUAUAUUUAAUUAAAAUAAUUAUAUACAAUCGAUUACAUUUUGCAGUUGGCCAAAGAGUAUUAAAUAUAUUUUAUCGCGUAGUUUGCGUGCUAAUGUUUGUGUACUUCGCGGUAAUAAUGUAUAUUUUGGGAUAGCGCCUAAGUUGGCCGCUCAUUUGUUACUUGGAAGUUUUUGGCAAUUUCGGGUUUCGAAUAUCUCUACUCUACUCGUCGUCACAUGAAUCACAUCCCCCUAUCUUUCGAAGUUCUCGUAUUCAAAUUCCGACUCUUCCGCGUACCGUUUCCUGUUCUGUAUUUCGAUUCUUGGCCGAUUCUCAAGACCGAAAUCCGCUUCGUCUAAAUCAGACGUAACAUAUUUCUUGAACGAAAACAAGCUGCCACUUUGUUCAGAGAGAGAACCGUUUCUGCUGCGCCCGGUCUAAUAAUCCGCGGUAAUUUAAGGCGUAAGGCUCAGACGUCUAAAUUAGAAACGCAUAUUAUUUUUACGUCCCUACGCUCGUAAACGACAGGCGGCGUGGCGUGAAUAGCGAAUGUAUUUUGAAACAAGUGUAGCGGGUAACGUUGCGAUAACGUUGUUUUAUGGUUAACAACUGUUCGUGCUAGAAAUCCGUCGGACGGCGAUCGUCACGCUUCAGCAUUUUGCGACACAACGUAAUCCGAUAUCGUGCAUCGCGAGAUAAAAUUAAGCGGAAUACAUUAAAAACCUGUAUCGAUCACGUAUCGAUUCCAGUUAGUAGAGCAAUCGCUUUAACUUACCAUCACGUUAAUCCUUUCCGACACGUUGAACAGCCACGGAGGCGAAAAACCUUAACCGGUAUCUUGCGGGAUGUAUGCCUUGCAUUGGCAAUCUGUCGUUGUGAAUCAGAAUCCGUCCGUGAUAAAAUUCCGUGCGGUAGAUCGUCUUUCCUGAUAUCCUAGUUAGUUGCCCCUCUCGAGACAGCUCAAGGAGGCCCACAUUUGCUCGAGUCCACCUUCCACCCUUCGUUACCGAAAUGAUACCGGUCUCUCGAAUAACGUCUAAGGUGCUUUAUUUCACAUCGAGCGUUAAUAAGGCAUUUUGAAGUACGAGAUUUAGGUUUAGAUUCCUUUCAGGAGGAACGUGUGUACGACAUACGUAACGAUUAACUUGAAAUCACCAGAUAAGAUCAGGAUCGAACGGUGUAUCUAAAUAUAUAUAUGAAAUAUCGGUUAGCGUGAAAUACAGGAUGCUCGAUCAAAUUAAAUAGUAACGGUUGUACAAAUAUACAAAUAUUUUUAUUGUUUUUAAUCGUAAAGUUUAACGUUAAAUAUAGAUCUGACAUUGCAUUCGAAAACGUAACUGAAAAAGAAGCGAAAAACCGAAAUACUUUAAUUAUUUUGUUGCGGGGGAGGGGAGAAAGUUUCGAGAACUAUAAAUACACACACAUGCGACGCUUAGCCUUCGGCGCUUGCUUUUCGUAAACAGAGUUGCGUACGCCACGGCAUAUUGUUUGUUGUACAAAGGCAGCGGUACUAUCAGCGCUAUUGCGCUAUCUACAUCGUUCAUUAGACGUAAAAUAAGGAUAGAGUCACGUAAUAGUGCUGAUAUUGCGUUCCCCAAACAUAGCCAAGGUCGCUUUCAUUCAAGCUGCGCUAUCAUUCGUACAGUGAGACUCGCGUGAACAGGUAGUGUCUAGAACAAAUGCUCCGUUGUUAGCCUUCGAAAUGUCAUUCAGACAAAACUGAGAGCAAACGCGAUCAUUUUUCAUUGGCGACUAUUGGCUUAGAUGUCUCUUAACUCCCGCGAUUAUCUCUCCGUAAACGUAUCGUAACGGCGAUUGUUUCUUAAAAUAGAUAUAUCGCGUGCGAGAUAUUUAUUGGAAAUUAAAUUAAAGUAUAACAUAACCGAAAUAAUAGUAAUUUUACAAUAAUUACGUAAUUAUUUCUUUGACGUUUGAAUUCGAAUAUUCUUCACAUCUGAAUUGUUCGUUAAAUCAAACGCCGUGAAUGUGAAAUAAAUCAACUCCAAAUUGAACAACCGUUCACGAUACAUUUAAUUAAUCAAUUACCAUAUUUCACAUUUGUUAACCGUGUAGCAUAAAUUUGGCACGCAUUGAUUAUUUUCGCCGUUCAAGCCUCGAAUCGUCUGUUGCACUAGUUUGUGCGAGACGUCGUCGUGGAUCAUAGUGCAUAAUUGGCUCUUCAUGUUAUUUUUUGUCACGAUGUAAUAAAAUGUAUGGUGCAUUUGAUUAAUUUUGGAAAUGUCACAUAAAGAUUGGAUGAUUGCAAUUAACCGGGUUUUUAUGACUGAGUACAAUUGCAACGAAGAAAUGUGAAACGAGAUAUCGGGCGAUAACGGAGCAGUCAUGUGUAUGCGAUUAACGCUGCUCUCUACACUCCGCUGCUGCGCAUCGUAUUGUUUCAGAAUGAAUACGACGGCGAUCUACAAUGGUGCGACAAGCACCAUGGCUAAUAUCAUCGGUCUCGAAUCCGAAAGACUCAGCAAGGAGAUCAGUGGCAAUAUGACUAGCGACGGUGAUCUUGACGUUUCGCCAGUGACCUUAUCGUCAGCCUGGUCCAGAGUGGCCCGGCUUUUGCUGUUGGCCUCCCUCGCCGUCGGCGGCAGCGUGGGUAAUGUCUUCAUGAUAUCCGCCGUGGUAGUCGAGGAUCAGCUGAACAAGCGAGGAAACGCAUUCCUCGUGAACGUGGCGCUGGCGGACUUGCUGGUGACUGGCCUGGUAAUACCGGUCUCGGUGAUCGUAAUCCUGGCGGGCUACGCGGAGUCCCUGGGCGCCUGCCGAUUCGAGUGGACCCUUGAGGCUCUUUGCUUCCUGGUGACCGUACUAACGUUGGCCACAAUCGCCGCCGAAAAUUACGCACGUCUGUGUCUGCCCGCCGAAAGAUACGCCUGCUUGACGGCGGGUCGUGUAACAGCCAUUAUCAUCAUCGUUUGGCUAAUCGCCGUGACUGUGGUGGCCUUGCAAUCGUCUUUGGACAUAGGUCCUGACUUUUGCCGUCGCAAGCUCAGCGGUAUCGCGAUGCAACAAGCGAUCGGGGCAAGCGUAUUGGUUGGGCUGCCAGCUUUAACGACGAUCAUCCUCUACGUGAAGCUGGUGAUAUGCGUGCGACGGGCCACGCGGGGUUCGUACAAGCCGCCGGCCGCCUUCUCCUGGGACUACGAGCUAACGAAGACGAAUAUGGGUAGCUGCGUGAUGUUCGUCGUAUUCUGGCUGCCGUUCGGGCUGGCGGUCUGCGUGAAUUCUUUCAUUCCAGUCAGCACGCGUGUGCUCUACAACCUGGCCUGGUUCGCCCUCUCCAAGUCUUGCUUCAACAAUCUGCUCUACUGCGUCGCGGACCGUCACUUUCGCAGCGCUUACGUCAAGCUCUUCCAUUACUGCUGCUGCAAGACCACGGUGAGCUUCUCGAGGAGGCCGCGCGGCAGCGAGGGUAGAAAUUCUAGCGACGUGCGCCUCAGGGUGCACAUCAUUCACUCGUACGCGAGUCCGUCGUCCUGUCGUCCGGCUGUGGCCAGACCGAACGGACGUGACGUCUACGAGCUUUAGAUGCGACGCGAUGCGAUGCACGUACAGGAUGCACAAAGCAGGAGGAUGCCGCCGAUAAGGAUGUCCUCGCCGCAUCUCUCCAUUAGGCAGUCCGUAUUUGCGAAAUCGGCCAAUCAUUGCAUCGACGUACGAUGUCUCUCGCAUCGAGGCUGCCUCUGGUAUGGCCUUACAAGGAGUUCAUACAUUUCCCUUGAUUUUCACGGCUCGUUCUUUGAUAUCGGUUGAAUUACUUCUGCGCGCAAUUCUUUUUUAUAAUAAGGACGCCAGUAGGCUUAUUCUAUAACUCGUAACGACAGUUCAGUAUCGUUAUAUUGUCGUUGCGUAGCUUUUUUGUCAUGUAUAAUAUGUGCGCAACGACAAUAUAUCGAUAUCGACAUUGUCGUUAAGAGUUACAAAAUAGGUUUACAGGUUAACAAAAUCGUUUAGACAGAAAUAGUUUCGGCAUAAUUGAAAGCGCAUACAUUAUUAUAUAAAUAUAGUGUAUUUACGUAGAGUAUAUGUUUUCUGUCAUAUGGCUAUAUUUACGACUGGAUAGAUUUAAUAAUUUAUACAAAAAUGCAUUUCAUUAACAUAUGAAAUAGCUUCUAAGGUAUUAUUUUAUUUCUUUAAAAAAAGAAAGCAAUGAAGACCUAAGAAAUUGGUACUAACGAUAUACGUGGCAUAACAAUUGUAAUUAUUUAACAUUGUUCGCAAGGAAGUUUUGCAUCCCAUUGAUUGUAAGAUAUAGUCGGUUGAAAUUUUAGUAGUUUACGACCCAAUAUUUUUGACGCUGAUGUGAAUGGUUGCCGUCCAAGGAAAUGUUUCUCUAAAUGACUGUGGAUUUGUACAUUAGGAGUUUUCUCGAAAAGCUUCUGGACGUCACAUAUAUUUACGGAUUGGAAGACCCGUUCUUCGAUUAAUAGGACUAAAAUUCGAAUCGCAAGGAAGUCGAAAACAUUUAGCAAUCGCUUUAAUAACAACAGCGGGGUUAUUCCUUUUCGACGCGAAUGUCUGAUUAUAAAAUUCAGCAGCAGGUUCCUGGUAUUAUCAUACGUCGCAUUCUUUUUAGAGUGCACUUUUUCAUUUAUUGCGGAACCUCCAUUCUCGGCGGGCGAGAAGCAGGAAGGCUGUUUUCUCCCUGCGAGAUCCCAUCUUGUAACAAGGGAGAGACGAGUGUCUCACUCGCGACAGCAUUUUAUCUGGCUGCAAGACGAGACGUGAAACGCGGGCGAGAGGGAAAAUAAGGUUUUCCCAAUCUCGAUUAAAUUUCUCGACGGAGCUUACUGGCAUUCCGAGAGGGAGGAUGCCGGCCGCGAAGUUAUAUACGUGCCCGCUGGUGGGGAGUAAUUUACGCUUGUGCACUAUAAGUUCGCUAUGUGUGAGAUUUAAGCUCGGCGAACACACGCGAGUAACGUCGCGAACACCACAUCCCGAAUUAUGGCUCCGCCGCGGUAAGUCGACCGGUAGAUGAAAAUGCCAUAACGUUUAAGGAGGCACUUGGCGGCGCUCAUCAUCCCCCAAAGUUAAUAACAUUCCGGUAACGAGGUGAAGUCAAGUGGAUCAGAUAAGGGCGAUUCGAUAAUAAAGAUGGCAAUAAUAUCAGUUAAAACUUUCAGUACUCUGCUCGCGUCUAUCGGUCUCGACGUUCGACGAUUUAGCGGGAUCGAUUUUAAAAAGGCAAGAAAAAGAGUCUCCUCAGGCAUUUAUUAUGUAAAUCGCGGGAACGGUCUCUUGCGGGAAAGGUUCUUUUGAUGGUGAUCAAAUAAGGAUCAAAGUCAAGUACCGUAAUGUACUGCUGUAUUGGCGAAACUACAUAAACUUUAAAUAUUAAGAGAUAUAAAAUCGAGGAUAAAAACUGAUCGAGUGUAAAAUUUUUUCGCCGAAAAAAGAACCCAGUUGAUAAAUGUUAUUUUAAUGCUGUAUUAUACAUAAUACACUCGGACGAACUUGCUUAACGUCUUUCUCGUCUUGUACUCAGAUCGACUCGCUGUUUGUUUUAAAAAUCAAAAAUUUCGUACCGCUGCCACCUUUCGAUCUAUUUAAUUUUAAAUCUACAUAUCGCACAAAACGUGAUCCUCAAUAAUUAUUAUAAUUACACAUAUUCCCCCCUAAACAUAUCUGGUUACAAGUAAUUGCUCUUAUCCGCCAAAGUUCCUUAAAUGUUCCCUGAGAAAACAAAUACAUUAAUUACACACGGUACACACUAAUUACUGCCCCUGUAAUCUCGACGCGGAAAUAACUAAGCUGCAUCCUCGACGCGUACUCGGAUUAACGAAGAGUGCCAAGAACUUAUGUAUGUCCGACAUGAUCAUAUUGACGCGGAGAACGCGGACGAUUUACGACGAAGGUCUCGGGAUUAACGCGGAAACACUCUUCGUGCGGCUCGAUCGCCUCUCGAGGCUCUCCCGUGUAUUUCGUGUAAAAUCGCUCGGUGAAUAUUGUCGUGCCAAUUAUUCUGGAAAACGACGCCAUUCUUCACCCCGGCCGGGUAAUUCGUUACGUGCCGCGCGGCGAUGCGUUCGCUUUGCUGCGUCGCGUUUUCUCGGGACAGACACUGUUUUCAGGGACCGCGAUUUAUUUAGCUGCGUUUCAUUGGAGGACACUCGCUCGCGAGUGACAUCGGCAUUCGCUCUAUUCGCGAGAAUGCGCUUGCUCCGUCCAUACACGCCGCACAGCUGCGAUCGCGAGUAUCAGAUUCGCGACGGUACAUUCCAGAAAGAGCUUCUUUUCGUAAUCCGUUCCAGCGUUUCUUGAAUGACGUGCCUAAAUAAUCGUCAAUAUUCUGAAUUUAUCGUUUACAAUAGUCUUAUGUUUUAUUUCACAACAAAGAACAAAAUUAUUAUAAGUAUAAAUAGUAAUGCGCACAUGUUCUGUUGGAAAUUUAAUCAACUUUUUAUUAUAUUGAUGAUGAUUAAAUCAGAUUUUUAUGCUUUCUGUCAAAUAUAUGUGUAAACGAAUUUUUGCACAAACGUAUGUUUUUUUAUAAAAUUAUAUGAGAUAUGUAAAUCCAAUAAUUAUUAGUAUUGUUACGGUAUUUGUUGUUACUUUUUCUCGAAAGAAAAAUAACAUUUUAUGUAAUUCCAGAUUUUGUUACUCGUCGAUAAUAUUUUAUAUCAAAUUUAUGAGGUUAAAAAUAUUUAUUACAUUUUAAACAUUUUGUUUGCAAAUUCCACAAUAGUAAAUGUAUUAAAUCUUUUUUUAUGUUCUACACUUUUUUAUACUUUUCCACACGAUCGCGGCUUUUCGGUUAUUGCUAAUCGUGCACAUAUAAUUCGAGCACAUAUCUAUCAUGCUUUACAUCUAAAAAAUAUUCUGUUUGUACGUAUGUAUCUUAAUAAUUAUCAAUAAGAUGCGUAUGACAUUAUCGCGCGUGUAUUUGUGUAAAGUGGACGUAUAAAAACCGUAUUGAUACCGCUUUCCACUUGUAUUUCCAUAUCAUUGAAUUGAACACUUGAACUAACGCAAGCCAAUACGUGCAUAUAAAAAAGAACAUGUAUCUAUAUCCUUCAUAAUUAUGUGACCUUGUCAAAAUGCAGUUUAGAGUACGUAACUGCAUUGGAGGACGUUAUCGAACAUAUAAACGAUGGUCUCGCACUUCGUAUAUGUAAGAGAAUAGUCAAGUAAUACUUGUAUAUGUAGCUAGAGAAUCACUAUAUACUAAAUAUGUAUUGAAUUGAUAAUGCGCUGUUACAUGAUCGAUGCUUCGAACUAGGCAUGUAAUGGGGCCAUAUAUUUGUGACUGACAAACAAUAACGAUGAUCGUAUUACGAAUAUAAGCGUCAAAUCUUUUUAUUCGCAUAUCGGAGGAGAAGGUAUAAAAAUAGAAGAAGGUGCCUCGCGUGACACAGAACAAUGUUAUUUCGAAAUUUAUGGACUUCGCGUGGACUUUAGGUUCAACGAUAUUUCUUCGAGAAAGGAUAUUUCUCCAUUGCGACUGUUAUAGUCCUUAAGUCCUAACCGGUGAGUUACUCCUUCUGUACCAUUCGACUUUUUUUAUUGCAAUAAUCAUUUUUAUCGGUCACUUCAAGAAACUCAAACAGAUUUUUGUUAUAAAUUUUUAAAAAGAGAAUAAUAUAUUUAUAUUGAAAAAAAUUAGCGACGUUCUUUUACCCGACGAUGAGUAAAUGAAACAAUACAUUUUUAUAUAUACGGAAUAAUAUCAAUUUCUAAAUUUAUAAUGUCACAACACGAUUUUAAUCCAACUUAAUCGUUUAAAAUUUACAAUUAGAGUUUUUAUUACUAUUUGCUAAUAAAAAUAACACUUUUAUAGAGUUCUAUCAUAUUAUUUUAAUAAACAAUAAAAAGAGACGAAGGAGAAUUACGAUAGAAUUUUUUAUUAAAAAUUUAAAAUUUUAGUGUAUUAGUAUAAUUUUGCAUAUUUUAAUCCGCUGACGUGCGUACGUGCAAAUAUGAAAAAUUGAUUUACGUAUUUGUUCCCAAUGCAGACAAUAUUAUUUUUUAAUUUUGAUAUAUACGACAAUCCAGUUAAAAACUUUCCCGAUUGAAUAAUAGUAACGUCACAAUGAAUAAAAAUUAUUUUUAUAUUAACCGCACUACACAAACUUUUAAAUAAAAAACGUAAUAUGUGUAGUAUUAUUACUUUCGUGAUUGCAUGGGCAUUUUGUAUUGGCGGAUCCAGAUAUUAUUUGUAUAUAGAGUGAAAUUAUACAUAAAUAAAAUAUACAAACAUAAUUCUUUACAAGAUGUGGAAAGAUUAAAGGGGCGCUUGGAAAUAAUUUUAAUUAGUUAAAAGAGAGAGAGAGAGAUAAGCUUUAUGUCGGCAAAACCAAAUACAUAUAUCUCGUCUUUCCUCACAUAAAAUUCUGCUCUGGUUUCGCCUCUUGCGUUUUGAGGUUUACAUUUACAAAUAAGCUUGCGCAUAUUACUGUAUAUAACUCAUCUCUUAUGACCGUAUUUAAUUAAUAAUUACUGCAAUGACGUAUCUCUUAUGACUGUGUCUAUAAUGUAUUUUACACGCCUUCUGUCAAUCUGUGAUCACAUUUUUAGGUAUGAUUGUUCGGGUAGUAUGGUAUGAGCGUACAUUAUAUCGUCAAAUUUUGCACAUUUUAUCCGGUUUAAAUCAGUUAUCUCGAUUAUCCAGGAUAACACUCCGGCGAUGUAUCCUCGUAGAUGAAGUUAAAGGCAGAAAGCAGCGUCAAAUACGAUGAAAACAGUUUGAUAUUCUAAGCGAUGAUAAUCGCCUUACAAAGUGUGUUAAGUUUGACUACCGAUUCUCGCGGACGUUGUGUGCAAAAUUUGAAAUGGAAAUUUAAGCGUCUUUCACGACGAGAACUUUGAUAAAACAUCCGGUGAGUAGCCGCGCAUUGAUCAAAUAUGCGAGAGUAGAAAUAUUCGGCACGUGGGAGAGAUUUUAUCAAAAGUUCCGUCGCCAAAACCGGGUUUUCGGAAACACGGGCAGGCGUAGCAAGUGCCGCUGGCGAUAAUGCUUGAGAAAUGGGACCAGGAAUUUAGCUUCUCGUGAACUACCUUUCCCAACUACUUUUGUAUCGUCGUAUCGUCCGCUUCGUUCAUUCCCGGGACGGAAUUCGGGAUUAGAAGCGCAUUCGGAGAAUCGCGUAUUACCCUGUGGUCGCGAAACUUAUGCGUUCGAAUAGAGAAUUCCCAUCGGCGUAAACAAAUUUGCAAGUUCGAGAGAUAGGGAGAAUUCGUAGUUAAAUGACUUGGCUUUGUCUGUUUCGCGUACUUGCCUUAGCGUUAACUUGCAAGCAAGCAUCUAAGUUAAAUAAAUGUCCUAUCUAUACUGAUGUAUUGUAUUUCCGAAUGUACGUUCGUAUGUCCCUCCGUUUGUGUAUGUGUAUACGGCACGUGUGAGGUGCGUAGCUGUGCGUUUACGAACGUGUCUAUUGAUAUGCAUAUGAGAGAAUAUCGAUGAUGAGUGUCGAAUACGUGGGUGGAUGGAAAGACAGGCACUGCAUGCUUUCUCAACAUACAGUCUCGCGCGCGAUUAUACUAUAGUUAUCUUAGAAAGUUUCGCAAUUGGAAGCGAAUUUAUUUCCUUCUUUAAGCGAGUUGGAGAUUUCUUUUUCAUAUGCAUUUCAUGCUGCAUAUUUUCGCUCUACGUCUCUGACGCGUUAAAUAGUGUAGCUUGUGCAGUGUCCGUCCAUGAAAUAGAUUUUUCUACGAAAAAGAUACAGCGUGUUUUCUUCGUUACGAUUAUGUAAUUAUUAUUAUUAUAUAGUAAUAAUUUUAUAUAUUUAUUAUAUAAUAAUGUACGUAGAAUUAUUUUUUGGGGGGACGACGAUUGUAAGCGUGUAACAGCGCACAAUAUGUAUCUGAAGAAACCCGUUGUUUCAUCACAAAAAAGUGGACGAUGUUCUCGAUUGAAAACAAUAAAUUAUUUACCCGCGACUGAGAGAGCGCGCGAUUAGUUUGCGAUCGAUAGUCAUUCGCGCAUAACUGUGAUUUUAUUCUUCGCGUAACGUAUGUGUCCUCGAUCGACAUUCUCUAGUACGCUAGCAACAUUUAUCUGUACUUUUAAUUUAAUCGAAAAACAUCGUUUGCGAUAAUGGGUUUUAUAUACUUCGAGACUAAUUGUGAGAUAAGUAUUAAUAAUUUUUGCUCUCUUUCCGUUGUCGUUAACGGGUAACAGGUAACGGGUAACAGGAGCAAUCGACAAAAUGUCCGCGUUAUAAUGUAGAAUACCGCUGGACGUUCCGACUAAAGAGAGGAACGUUCCAGAUAGCAUUUAAGACGCAUACGCUUUUUAUGUCCUUGACUUAUCGAAUUAAGAGCAGGUCAGACUCGUUUGUGUUCAUUCGUUCUCAUUUGCGUAUCUGGCUCUAGUGCAUUAGGCCGUAGCGGUAGACGUAAUAGAUCGUGUUGUAGAUGAUACCAAGCGGAGAUGGAUGUCUUAAAAUAAUAGAAAGACGAAACAUUCCCGGUGCACUCUCCUGGCAUAAUCGCGUGUAGACAGUCUCGCAUCGCCGUGCGAGUGCGAACUGUGUCGUUUCGCAAUUCUUCCGGCUGUCUCGACCUCACCACGAAGGAGAUGCGAUUAAUUCUGACGGGUUUCGUACGAACUUGUCCGAGCGAAUUCUCCCGUCGUGGUGGGAUGCGUGUCCCGACGGAGCCUCAUUCUAACAAAUUUGUACCGAGCGUCUGAAAUAAUCAUAUAUAUCGAAGUAAGUGGAGGCGAUUAUAGCGAGCGCGCCGUGUGAUUAGGACCUGUACUGUAAUCAUCGGGACGCAUUUCAUUAAUACUGACGUUUUCGUGCGAAUUCGUUAGAACCAGUUAUCGUCGGAACACGCACUCGCUAUGAUUAUACCCUUGGGAUAUGAUCGUGAUGGGUAUACGUGUUUCGACAGCAUCAAGUUCUAACGUGCGGGGUAUCACUCAGAGAAAUUCAAAUGCAUCGAAAUAAGCUUGUGCGGCCGCAUUAAUAUACAAUAGGUUGAUAGAUGCACCAAUGAAUGAUCGAGAACAGGGGAUAUUAUUAAAUAAUACUUUGCUGUAUCAGGAUAUGGUUUCUAUCACACUUUAGGCAUCGAUCGAGAUGCCUUCAAAUCGGUCCAUAUUUUUUUACGUAAAAAUUAUUUAUAUCGAGAGGUAACUGCUGAUUGAAUUGUUCGAUCUUUUCUAUAAGUUGUACAAUCGGACACCGUGGCUUACUUUCGCGUAUUUGAUUUAUCUUGAUGUUCUUCUAUGAAUUCGCCGAAUAAUGCGGGACACGCGAGUUGCUACGACUCCUUCUUCAUUCGCGUUUGCUGCUUUAAUCUUUGUUGCCUACAACGAGACAAUUGUAAUCUGUUUCCGCGUACGUUUGCAAAUCCGCGAUGUAAUUUUAAUGUAGAUUUAAACGUAAGACAAACUACACACAUACAAUAUUAUUUAUAAGUAUACCUAUCGCGUAUGCCAUACGGUAUUUCUCGAUGUACAAAUUUAAAGGCGUGCUAUUUUCGUGUAAAAUGACGAACGUUGUACGAAGUCAUCGAGAGGCGCUGUAUUCGAAACUUUGAGGACCACGAACUCACAAUAACCAUUAGUCAUGGACCUACAUAGAUUAUUCGCCUUUUUCAGCGAGUGUAGCUGUCGUCGCGAUCGAAAGUACGACGUUGAAGUGUCCGAGUUGAAGAGAAAAAGAUGUCUUUGUAUAUCAGGGCUGCGUUUGUACGCGCAAGAGUCGUAAUAUUAAUCCAUUGUAACGUAAAAAAAAGAAGAGAAAACAAAAAAAAAACGAGUUGCCAGGCCCAUUUAUCGAUGUCGUGAUAAGUGUCCAUAAUGUCUCGUAACAAGACUUGCGAACGUAACGGCAUUGUCUAACCAAUUGAUAACCAACUGUUCAGACUCGAUUAACACGAGAGUAGCAAAGUAGAAGUCAGGUUGAUGUAUUGUGUUAACUAAUAGAGUAGCGUGAGGCUAGUUUGUAGAACGAACACGUAGAAACAAUCCGCGAACGUUAACACCUGUCCCUCUGGCCGUAGCAGAAUCGUAAAUCGACGCAAACUGUACCGGACUAUAUAUACACAUAUAUAGAUGUAUUUAUUUUGUACUGAAUGUAUUUCACAUUGAUGUACUUUUCGUGGUCGACGUAGCGCCGCAGAUACGUCGAGACGGCAUUCUGAUUUUGUGGACACAUUACCGCGGACUGUGUGUAUGUAAAUUUUAUAAUGUUGUAAUAAAAUGCGUUUCUCUCUCUUCCUUUUUCUUAACAUGCUGUGAAACGUUUGACGCAACAACGCUGUAGUUACGUAGUAGACGUUGUAGAUCGAUAAUGUGAAAUACUUUUCGUAUAGAAACUCUUAGUAUAAUUAUUUUAUAAAAUUUUGUAAAUUCUUUCAUUUCUUUUAUUAUUAUGAUUACUGAAGUUUCUAGUUAAUUCAAUUCUUAAACAGUAGAUUUUAUUCUCUCGUAGCCAUAAGGAUGUAUUACAUCUAUGUUUAAAAUUAUGAAAAAAUAAAAACAGAUUGUUUUAUAAAUGCAUUUGAAAGUAAGGGUAGCAAUUUUCUACCUGGAGCAAAAAUUAUUUUCAUAAGAAAUAAAAAUGUACUCUAACGGGAAUGUACGUAUAAUUAAGAAAUAAUGACAAAAAUUUAAUUUUUUUAAUAUAAGUAUUUUAAAUACUCAAGAUGAUUUAUGCAAAGUUUCACUAAACAGAUUAAUUAUUUUGUACAAUAAAUUAAAGUUAUUUAAAAUCAAUGUCCUUAUUUCUACUCAUUUAAGACAAAUGAUAUCAAAAAAAUAAAAGUUUAAAUUAUUUUUUAUGUAACAAUUGGCGAAAAAUUGAUCACUAAUUUCUUUAUGAAUCGUUUUACAUAUUAAAUACAAAAAAUAUCACUUUAAAGACUUUUGAUUAAGAAAUAAUUCUUAAUUAAACGUAAUGCAUAAAAUGUACGUAUUUCUACUUAGCAGAAAUUACAGUGUCCGUCUAUUCACUGUGUUCCUAUUUUUGCUCAUAAAACUAUAAUCUUAACUGUAACUUAUUCAAUUUUAAUUUAUAAAUAUAUUAAUAAUUUGAAAAUAAAGUAUUAUAUACAAAUUAAAUAUAAAAAGAAUAUAUUUACAUUUUGAUGUUAUAAUAUUGAAAUAUAACGAGUUGAAAUAUAAACUCGUAGAUUACGUAAUUGAAUGCAAUGCUACUUACUUAUUAUAUUAAAAAAGAAACAGAAAGGCAACACAACAAAUAGCAUUAAAUAUGAAAUAGGUUGUAUUUUGUUAAAAAUACUAAAUUUUUCGGAAAAAAUGGUACAGAUUUUACUUAGUGACAAGACAAAGUCACACUAAUGCUUACGCAUUUUAAUAACGUUAUGAUUGCUAAUGACAACGACUGCUCUGAUUAUAAAAUUUAUUUUUAAAUAGGUAUUGCUACUUAGCGAGCAUUGAACUUCUGCAUCUUACACAGGAAUACAUAAAUAAUUUUUAAUUAAUUUUUCUGUAACGCCCGUGUCAGUUAAUUAUUUAUAUUAAGAAAAAAGUUUAUAGUGAGGGAACAGGACUUGAGUAGAAAUGAGGUCUUUGAUUUUAUUUCAUUACAAAACAACUGAGCACAGAAUCAAUAAAAACAAUAAAAUUUUGCAUAAAUUACCUUAAAUAUUUAAAGUAUUUGUACAAAAAGUUCAGAUUUUUGGCAUCCUUUUUAUCUUAAAUUUUAAAAUUGUAACAAUAAAAAAUAAUAAUUAUAGUAAAUAAAUUGUAAAAAUGUAUUGUUUAAUAAAAAUAGAAUGUUAUAAACAUAA